CCUGGCCAGCGAUGAGGCGGUGACUGCCGUGAGCAGCUCGGCUCCUGGAGAAGGAGGAGGAAGCUCUGGCCUUUGCAGACCCCCUUCUCCUCCUUAUGGAAAGUCUCAGGCCAGGCAUGGGCCCAUUGGAGGGAGCCAACAGCUCAUUCACCAUGGAGAAGACAGCCUUAGAUGAGAAGCUGUCACAGGGCUGGCCUGCCAAGGACUUUGUCACUCCCACCCAUGCUCUCUCUGGGUCCCGCAGUGUCAUGAUGGACAGCACCAAGAUCCUGGGGGUCCAGGUCAUCCUGAUUGCUGCCUACUCCCUCAUCAUUCUGCUGGGCUUCGUCGGCAACUCCCUGGUCAUCUACAUCAUAGUGAAGUACAAGACCAUGAGGACUGUCACCAACUUCUUCAUAGCUAACCUGGCCCUGGCAGACCUGAUGGUGGACACACUCUGCCUGCCCUUCACCCUGGUGUACACCCUGCUGGACGAGUGGAAGUUUGGAGCUGUGCUUUGUCACCUGGUUCCUUAUGCUCAAGCUCUGAGUGUCCACGUGUCCACUCUCACCCUGACAGUCAUUGCCCUGGACAGGUACCGCUGCAUUGUUUUCCACCUGGACAGCAGGAUUUCCAAGAGGCUCAGCUUCACCAUCAUAGCUGUCAUGUGGCUGGCAGCAGCUGUCCUAGCAGGGCCCCUGGCCAUCUUCAGGGAGUACCGGUACGAGGAAAUCCCGUCCAUUAACCUCAAAAUGGCUGUGUGCUCAGAAAAAUGGCCCUCUGCUAACAACAGAGAUGCCACCAUCUACAGUCUGUCCAUGCUCCUCCUGCAGUAUGUUCUUCCUCUUGCCAUUAUUUGUUAUGCCUACACCAGGAUCUGGUUCAAGCUGAAAAACCAUGUCAGUCCCACUUCUAGGAAUGAAAACCAGUGCCGGAGGAGGAAGACAACCAAAAUGCUCGUGAUGGUGGUUGUGGUGUUUGCAGUCUGCUGGCUCCCCUUCCACAUAUUCCAGCUUGCCAUUGAUCUUGAUCUGGUUCUUAUCUUCCACGAGUACAAACUCCUGUACACUGUCUUCCACGUUGGGGCCAUGUGCUCUACGUUUGUCAACCCCCUGCUCUAUGGAUGGAUGAACAAGAACUACAGGAAUGGGUUCCUUAUGUUCUUCCGUUGCCAGAACAAGCCCGAGAGCAUCCACACUGAAGGCUCAGUUAGGGGGAGGUCUUACAUCUUCAGGGCCAACACCCUAAAUGGGAGCAUCAAACAGACUGCUGGCAAUGGAGCACUGCCCACAGAGGUUUAGGGAUGGGACAUCACCUCCAGGAUUGAGGCUGGCUGGGCCCAGAGACAUUCUUGGGUGAAAGCCUUUUUUUGACAGAACAUUGUGCUGCCAAUUAUAGCCACAGCAGCC